GAGCGUCAUCACAUGUCAACGACUGCAGCAUAAAAAUCAUAUCUUCAGUAGUAUUUACCCUAUCUUGGUAAAGUUUUAUCUGCCUGCAAAAAGUUAUAAUUCAUCAGUUAAAUCUAAAUAAAGCUUAAUUGAGAGGGGGCUUGAGGAUCAGAUCCAUAAGCAUGAGCUUAUUGCCUCGCACCGCUGAGGAGUUCAGCUCAGCCGACUACUGGGAGCGCUUUUUCCGUAAAAGAGGAGAAAAGGCUUUCGAGUGGUACGGAGACUACAACUCGCUCUGCGGUGUACUACAUAAAUACAUUAAACCCCGUGAUAAGGUGUUGGUGGUCGGCUGUGGUAACUCUGAGCUGAGUGAACAGCUCUAUGAUGUUGGCUACCAUCAGCUAACCAACAUUGACAUCAGCGAGACGGUGGUGUCUCACAUGAACCAGCGGAACGCAGAGCGCCGUCCUGACCUGACCUUCCAGCAGGUGGAUGCCACCCAGACAGGCUUUGAGAGCGGGAGCUUUCAGGCAGCCCUAGAUAAGGGCACGCUUGAUGCCAUGGCUUCAGAAGAGGACGGUGCUCUUGCAGGCAGGAUGCUUGCAGAAGUUGUCAGAGUUUUGAGUGUUGGGGGCCGGUACGUUUGCGUAACAUUAGCCCAGGAACAUGUCAUAAAGCUGGCUGUGGAACAUUUCGCUCAGGGCUGGGCUGUACGAAUUCACUGUCUAUGUGGACAGCAGAAUGAAGUGUCCGAUACCUCCUUCGCCCUCCCUGUUUUCGUUCUGGUCUGCACCAAAUUCCGCCAAGCUCCACCGUUUGCAGUGCUUGAGCUCUGUCAGGGGGAGGAUGGCGCUCCGGUUAGACUCGCAUCAGUACCGGAACUGUUGUCUGCUGUGAAGGAGAGGCAGGCCUACAAUCUAAUGCUUCAUAAGCUCAGAGGUGGAACAGAUGCUAGCAGCACACAGUCCCUCACACUGUGCCACGCAGCCACCGGCCAGCCACGAUACACUCUGAAUGUACAGGACAGCCUGCCUUCUGCCAAGCUGCCACGGAGUAACCACUUUGCUAUCUUUAUCGUUCCUCAGGGCCGUGAGUCUGACUGGUUAUAUGGCUCAGCUGAAGGUCGGACUCAGCUAGCGUCCAGUGCAAAAUUCAGACGCCUGGUCAUUGUGGCAAUGCAUCGAGAUCAAGAGUAUGAGGACAUGCAGGCGGUCCAAUCAGAGCUCUCUCCAAUGGUGAUGGAACUCGCUCCUCCUGGAAUGCCAGCCAAUCAGCAGGUGCCGUUCCUGUCUGUGGGAGGAGAUCUGGGGUGGAGGGAAGUCGUUGGACGAGGGCUCAGUGCUUUGACUGGAGAGUACUCUGUGGAGGAUGUGAGAGGAGAGGAUGGUCAUCUCUAUCGCAGGCUGAUCUUCAUGAAUAAUUCCCAGCUGGUGCAGUCAGAGAGCAGACUCUGGUCUAAAGCCACAGCUUCUUCUACUCAUAAAAAGAAGAACAAGAAAAAAGCCAAAGCAUCUGUUUCUGAAGCCCCUGCUUUAAUGGAAGCUAAAGAUCGCAGUGUGGACAGGGGUUUUCUCUGCUGUACACACCAUGAAGUCAUGGUGGCGGGUUUUGCCAUGCUAGGAAUGGAUGCAAUCAAUAAUAAAGAUCACCCAGUGUCCGUGUUACUGGUGGGACUAGGUGGCGGGGGUCUGCCCCAGUUUCUUCAUGACUUUGUGCCUUGUGCACGGGUGGAAGUGGUUGAACUGGACCCAGCAGUGCUGGAAGUGGCUCAGACCUGGUUUGGAUUUCAGAAUGACAAGAGGCUGAAAGUUAUACUUGGAGAUGGACUGGAGCACAUCAAAACACUGGAGAGCCAGGGGGGACAUUCUUUUGAUGUCAUCAUGUUUGACGUUGACAGCAAAGACACGACCCUGGGCAUGAGCUGCCCUCCAUCUGCCUUUGUAGAAACAUCACUUCUGAAGAACGUUUACAGCUUAUUAACCCCUCGAGGACUAUUUAUGUUGAACCUUGUGUGUCGAGACUCGGCUCUCAGGAAGUCAGUUCUUGAACGUGUUCAAGCCGUGUUCCCGCGUGUGUUCUCUCGUGGAAUCGAGGGUGAAGUCAACGAGGUGCUACUGUGUUGCAGAAGUGCAGGAGAGGAACACAAACCUCACAGCGUUCCACAAACAUUACAGCAGACAGCAAAAGACCUACAGAAGACACUACGUGCAAACACCCAGACUGCACCAUGUGUGCCUCAAAUAGACAUUACUGCAAGGCUGAAUGACCUGAAAGUCAUCUAAAGGUGUGGAGAGAUAAAAUAAAUGGCUUAUUUCA